AUGAUUUCGGUUCUUUGUCUAUUAACUCAGGCAAAAAGAUAUAAUGGAGUUCUUGUGAAGAAUGAUAUUUAUCAUCAUAGGGAAGUCAGUAAUAACAUUAGCCCAUAUAUGGGUCUUACUGCAGGACGAAUGCCUGUUACUUUUUUUAGAAAGAAUAUCGCGAAUCUUGAAAGAGAUUAUUCUACAACUGAUCUAAAUUCCAUUGUCGAUCAAAUUUCUAAUGAAUUCGAUCUCGAAAGAGAUAGGUUACAAAAUUAUUUCAGUCGUUCGAAAUGGGCUUCCUUUUCCAAGCAGCUAUUCAACAAAAUUGAUUUUAAUUUAAAUCAAAAUGGCUUCAAAGUUAUAUCUUUGGGCGGCACAGUUAUGAAAAUUACUAAAUCAAAUGGUUUGUAUACUGUUAAUUGCCGCAAAGUUGGAGUUACUACAAUGCUCAUCCGUGCUGACUUUCAACGGGUCAUGCAAUUAAAUUAUGUUCCCAUUGAGUUUUGCUGUGCAGGAGCAAAUCUUGUUUUAUCCGGACAAGAAAUUACUCAAAUUUAUAACAAGUUGAAUGAUGAUAUCCAAGGUACUCUCAAUGCUUAUAAAUCCAUUUAA